AAUCCAUGUCGUCAAAAAUCAUUGUGACAUAAAUUUGAAAAAGAGAGAACGAAAGAAAGAGAGAAUCAUUUAUCAACAAUAACAAUAGGCAGCAAUAACAACAAAAAAAAAGUGACGUAAUAUAUUGGUGUUGAUCUACUUUGAAGGUUUUUUUUGUUUGUUUGGAUCUUUUUCUUGUUUUGGUUGACGAAUUUUUUUUACUUCAAUCACUCAUUUCGUCUACAGGUUGCUCUAUAUUUUUGCUUUUUUUCGAAGGGGAAUAAUGUUGGAACCAAUUCGUCAUAUAAUAAGCCGUCAACGUAAUAUACUUGCAUCAUCAAGUAUAAGACGAAAAGAAAUACUACAAAGUGUACAAUUUAAUUUUGAAAUUAUACGACCAGAAUUUGAAGAAAAUUUGGAUAAAAAUUCAUUUACACAUCCAUGUGAAUAUGUUAAAGAAAAUGCUAAACAAAAAGCAUUAUCAGUUUGGCGUCAAUUAGCCCGAAAUAAUGAUAAUAAUAAUGUUGCCGAUUUAGUUAUUGGUUGUGAUACGGUUGUAACAUUGGAUGAAAAAAUUUAUGAAAAACCAAAAGAUGAUUCGGAUGCAAUACGUAUGUUAAUGAAAUUAAGUGGUCGUACGCAUACGGUAUUUACCGGUGUUGCUUUGAUAACUAGAUCUAAAUCAAUAUCAUCAUCAACGUUGACCACCAAUAUUGCUGACCAACAACAACAGCAACAAACAUUAUCAACAACGAUGGCAAUACAACCGCAACAGAUGAAAAAAUCAUCAUCAUUAUUAUGUAUAGAUGGUGAUGAUUAUUUAGUAACAACAUUUCAUGAAGCAACUGAUGUUACCAUUUCAGAAAUGGAUAAAACAAUUAUUGAAUCAUAUGUUAAAACGGGUGAACCAUUAGAUAAAGCUGGUAGUUAUGGUAUACAAGGUAUUGGUGCAACAUUAAUCGAAUCAAUACGUGGUGAUUAUUUUAAUGUUGUCGGUUUACCAUUACAUCGUUUAGCUAAAGAAUUAUAUUAUAUGUAUACAGAAUAAUAACUUUCUUCUUGAAUCAAAUCUUUUCAAAAUUGUUUGUUUUGUUUUGUUUUUUUUUAUUCCAUCCAAAAAACAUAUAAUCAACAAAUGAAAUAAUUGGACCAAACAUCAUACAUUUUUAUCUAUCCAAUACACAGACACACACACACU